UUUGACAUAUGACAAUACAAUGGAGAAUUUUAUUUGAUUCUACAUGGAUUAUUGUUUUUAGAAAUUUUCUUUUCUCCUUUAGGCUAGCGUAGAUCAUAAUUAAGGAUUUAUUUCCAAAUGCUAUGACAAAUGCUGAGGCGCUUCGCCUCUGCUCAAAAUGGUCUUAAAUGCUGCCGCUCAAGUACUAAGGGAAGCAGAUGAUUUGAAACAGAAAGUGAUAAAAUGUAAUAGUGGAAUUUCUAUGUUACAAGAUCGAAGCCUCUGGGCUAAUCAGCAGCAAUUACAGAAGGCAUACCAAAAAGUGUUGACCUUAGACCUAGAUUAUGCUUUGGAAAAGAAAGUGGAGCAAGAUCUUUGGAAUGUUGGAUUUAAGCAGCAAAUUGAGGCUUUACAAGCCAUAUCUAAAGAUAGGAAGAAUGCCCAACGCAGUGAGGCCCAAGCAAUGCUAUCUUGGGUGCUGCAGGCAGCAGCUGGUUUCUACCUGUGCUUGCUCCAUCAAAUUUGCACCACCUACAAACUUGAUUUACCAUUUCGCCGGCGCGCGUCUCUCGUCGGAGCGGUGGAAGGCUGGGAGCCAGCCGCUGGAGGCCUGCCACUCAGCAGCAGCGCCGGGGCGGCGGCCGCGAGGUACGCGUGCCAGCACUGCCUCGUGCACCUGGGCGACCUGGCGCGCUACAGGCAGCAGCUGCGGGUCGCGCACACGUUCUACAGGCACGCGCUCGCCGUGUCCGCGCAUUCCGGCCAGCCGUACAAUCAGCUGGCGCUGGUGGCGUGGCGGCGCGGGCGGCGGCUGGCGGCGGUGUACUGGCACGUGCGCUCGCUGCUCGUGCGCGCGCCCUUCCCGCCCGCGCCCGCCAACCUCGCGCGCACGCUCGCCGCCGCCGCCGCCGCCUGCCGCGACGGCAAGGACACCAGCCCGCUGCCGGUGCUGACUGGCCUGACGGAGAGCAAGAGCCUGAUAAUCAGCAAGUCCCGCCUCGACUCGCACGCGUACGUGGGAGAGCUGCUGCGCGCCCUGCACUACUUGCAUACGGUGGACCAACUGGAAAGCGCUUCAGAGCUUGUAAAUACAUUGAACUCUUCUUUGUCGCCAUUAAUUGCUACCGAUAGCUUUGAUUCUCUAACACUUAUAAAGAUGGCGUGCGUCAUAAUCUGGAUAGUACAUUCAACAACAGAAGACCUCACGCUGGAGACGAGCGCGCUCAGCGAGGGCGAGGCGGCCGCCGCGCAGCUGGCGGCCUCGCUUGCGGCCGCGACUGUACUCGCCCUCCUCCUGCCCGCGUAUACAGCUGAACGGCCGCCGGAAAGAGCGUUACCCACUCUGAAGAUAUUCCUCCAGUGGGUAGUGUGCAACCCGAAGGUGGCGAAGACGGGCGCGUGGAAGGCCAGGCCGCAGAUCUGGGCUGCGCUCGCGCAUGUCUUCAAUAAGCUGGCCGAGACCGCCUCGCCGAGGGACGAUAAGUUCGAGCUGGUCCCCCUCCCGGAGGACGAGGAGCUGAACGGCUUCGUGCCGCUGGAGGGCGCCCUCAAGGGGCUGAAGUUCGCCGGCCACGACGCCUGGCGCGACCUGCCCGAUGUUCAGCCCGAUGAGGACACCGGCGCGGACGCGAGCAGCCUGAGCCUGGUGGGCGAGCCGGAGCUGGAGCAGCGCGUGCGCGCGCGCCGCCUGCUCGCUCUCGGCAAGCGGCUCGCCGAGCUGUUCGCCGAGCAGCUCGCCUACACGGAGGAGGAAGACACCAUAGUGUUCACGGCGAGCGAGGUGGGCGGGGAGCAGCUGACGCGGGCGCUGGAGUCGUUGUCCAUGGCGCAGGCGGAGCCGCAGCCGCAGCCCGCGGAGGCGCCGCCCCCCGGCCCUCCGCCGCCCGUCAUUAUAUCGGAGGCUGAUUUUAGAGAAAAGGUUCGUGAGAAGCGCGUGGGCAUCCUGAAGCCGCAGGGCUCGCUGGAGCGCGCGCGGGAGGAGAGGGCGCUCGCCACCAACACCUCGCCCACUAUGGAGGCCGAGAGCGGCGACGGCGCCAGAGCGGAGGACAAGCGGGAGUGCCGCAAGCCGCGCGUCAACAUCGCCAUGGCGGCCAUCAUGCGCAAGCAGGAGGAGACUAAUAAACAGGUUAAAUUCGUAACUCCACCCCCCACACCGGACUCCACGAGCGACGCCAAUGAAUCGAAAGACGAUAAACCAAAAGUGAUCCAACCGAAAGCGAUCAAGUCUCUCGCUAACCUCCCCGUCGGGAGGAAGACUGGAGGCAUUCUGUCUUUAAAAGACAAGUCCGCCGGUUACCCCCACCUCGUAAACGCCGAACCGGACAAGAAAACAGAAAAAGAAGAGAAGAAAGAGCCGAAACCGCUUCAAACCAACCAGAAUCAGCAGAAACGACAAGAAACUCCAUGGAAUAUGCCGCAAAACUACAACGACGCGCAGAGAAUGAGUUACCAGAAAAACUAUGGCAUACAAAACGCGGGAAUCAGUUACAACCCCAGCUAUCAAAGUCCCAGUAAUCAGGGAAUAAGACUCCCAGUGGUCAACCCGAAGGAGAUCGACGUCAGAACUGCGGCGCUACAGAAGCAGAAUUCGCGCCAAGACAUGUUCCAAGAUGGGCACAAAUUUGCGAACCAAAAUUACCAAGUGUCCGGGGAUAAGAAGAAUUUCUUGAACGAUCUACCGCCGCGAUUCGCCAACCAGUACAGAUAUUGGCAAGCGGCGCAAGAGAACCAGACCGAUAACAAGUUCAGAGAUGAGAACUUCAAGGCGAACACAUUCCCGCAGCGGCAGAACUGGCCGACCCCGGAGCAGAACUACCAGCAGCCGAUGUCCUGGUGGAAACCAGAACAGCCGACCUUUAAUUCGAACUUUUCCGCGCCCCCACUCAACAUGCCCAACGUGCCUAACUUCUACUCACAGCUGCCUUCCAACAACCCCUACCAGAACGUAGCGUUCAACCAAAUGCCCGCUCAGAGCCUACAGGGCCUGGCUCAAAACCCACUCAAUAUGGGCCAAAACGCGCCAAACCUUCCGAAGACAGAUAACCUGGUUCCCAAUUAUCUGCAGUCGAAUAUUGGGCAACCGCAACUAUCCCUUCAGAAUUUAGUUAACUCGCCCAACUUUAACUCUCUCAACAGCCUGACUUACAACCCAGUGGGUUACGAUUCCUCGAUGUACCCUCAAUUCGGGAAGUUCGGUUACCAGUCAGUGCAGAUGCUGGACAAGCCUUUCUCGAAUAGCAAAGAGCCAAUGGGACUUAACUUUUCCAAUUCCCUGGACGUGUCGAGGGGCCUGGGUUUCAAUGAGGCGUUCAAUCAAGAUAUGGCUGGAAUGAAUCCUUUGGACAAUAUGAGGGUACAGGCGGGGGGCGAAGCGCCGGCGGACGGCAACACGUACUCGUUGUUCAGCGGAGCGCCCGACUCUGCGCCCGCGCAGCUCUUGCCCACGCAGUCGCUGUGGUCGGGUCCCGGCUCGCCGCUCGAGCGACUCCUCGAGCAGCAGAAACAGAACAAGCACUCGCCCGCGCCCCGCUGACAGUAGCAUAUGCUUAUGUUGUUAUUUACAAUGUAUCGAAAAUUGACAGAUUUGUAUGAAACCGAAUUUUGCUACGUUUAUCGUGUUUUUUAUGUAAAACAACGUUAAUUUUUCAAAAUCUAAAUUAUGUAUUAAGACAAGCAAAAAUUAUGUAAAAGACAGAAGCAAAAAUUAUGUAUAAGACCUAAUUUUGUCAUAAUUAUUGUGUUUUUGGGGAAAUUCGGAACGUUGAUUUGUCAAAAUCUAAAUUAUCAUUAAAAGGACGGAAGGAAAAAAUUGCAAUCGAGUUGUAAAAAAUUUUAUUCUAUGACGAGACAGCAACUAAGCUAAGAGUUUUAUUAAAAUUUCUCUAUGACCAAUUUAUUAAAUUAUCUGCAGUAAUUUUGUUAAUAAAUUUCUUGUGUUCUUAAGUUGUUUUAAAAACGGUUAUGAUACAUAAUAGCUAGAUAUGCAUUAAAUUUGUUUUUGUGUGCAUAUUGUAGAGAAAUGUAAAGGUUUAUAUGGAUAAGGAAGUAUCGAAUAAAAUGUAUUGCAGAGCUGCUCAACUUUAGUUAAUUAAAAAUACGUGAUUUUAUUCGAUAGUUCAUCCAGCAUCUGUUACCUUCGUUCUAAGUGAGUUAAAGUCAGAAAUCAAGAUUGUAAAAACAUAUUUUGUAAUAAAAGUAUUUUUGUUAUA